AUGGCCAACUCCGACUUGAACGUGUCAGAAAAGCAAUGCAUCUCAACUGAGUCUAACGUCCAAGAUCUAAAUGUUCAUAUGACUAGAGAUUUGGAAGCCGGUAAAAGCGGCGGCGUCAUUGGUGACCUAGCCCUGUUCACGGAAAGGCGCUGGCCGUGGGGCAAGGGAUGUGAGCCAACGGCAGUAACAGGAACCGAAGAAACACGGGAAAACGGCGAAACAGAAGAGAACAACGGUAUAGGAAAGAAUAACGAGACAGAACAAAACAACGAGACAGAACAGAACAGCGAUGCAGCAGAAAACAGCGAUGCAGAGGAAAACAGCGAUGCAGAAGAGAACAAUGAUACGGACGAAGGCGAUUCCAGGCACACCGUACUACCACCUGGCAGUGAAAUUCCCACAGGCUAUCCGCUUCAAGCAGCCUUCCAAUCCAGUAAGCCCAACUUCUCGGUCUACCGAUCCUUCGACUACCUCCAUGCGCGUGUUAUUCUCGAGCUUCAAGACCAACUUCGUGAACUCGAGCAAAAACUUGGAGAUCUGGAUGAGUCCCAUUACCAUCCCGAGAGUGCAGAGCAGAGCAUACGGAUCGAGUCCCGCACCAGAGACUUGGAGUUCACUCAGUUUGAGCAGCUUGACCGGCCUGGUGCAGCGGAAUUUGAUGCGCACCAGGAUCGUUCAGCCUCCGAUUCCAGCGUGGAGCUGACCCAAAAGCCUGUCCUCAGCCAGAGAGCGAUGAUGCUAGAAUCUAUCCAAGAGAAACUCGUUAAAUACGACGAAGCUCUCUACAACACUCGACGAUUGAAUGAGUUUGAAAGACCAAGUAAGCGCGACUGGCAUGCUCUCCGGCAAUGGCUUGCGAACACAAGACCGCUGAACUUCGAACCGGAAGAGGUUUUCAUUCAUAUGAAGCAUGAUCUCAUCACCCUGAAUCCCAGAACGGAUUCCGGUAAGAUCGACGCUUGGAUCGAAGAUGCCAUCAGUAGGCUGCCUGAAGGCAUGACAUCUUAUUUCUAUAAGGAGCGUCUCCGAGCCUUCGAGGACAAAUACACGCGUUUCUUUCACGUCUCUCGAAUUGAACGCCUCGCUGUCUCAGUGGUCGUCCUCGUCAUAGUCAUCUUACUGGCCGCACCGGUUUUUGGUAUGUAUCGCAUAACAUGGAUGGGAACCCAUGCCAGCACAUUCUUCAACAUAGCGCUCUUGAUGGCUUUCGCUCUGCUGUUCUCUGUGGCGAUGGGCUUUCUGACGGGGGCGAAGCGGGCCGAGCUUUUCGCAGCGACAGCAGCGUACAGUGCUGUGUUGGUGGUAUUCAUUGGCAACUUCAGUAGCAACGUGGAGUAA